AUGGUGCGGAAUUCGGAGAGCCACUUUCCGCGCCUCGGAGACGGCUGGACCCUCAUCAAGGUGGAUCUUCUCAUGCAUCUCCCUGAGGCCAUCAAAAGAGGGGGCCUUCCCCGCGAGUUCUCGGCUGCGGUGUACGAGAACGCCCACAUCAAGACGUGCAAGGUCCCCUUCAGGGCGUCCAACCGCAGGCAGCAUGCGAUGGCUAUCGCGCGUCACAACGCGACUGCAGCGCAGCUCACCCGUCUGCCAAGCAGCAUCGAGCCCGCCAGGCGCUACGAUACCGCAAUGCAGCGGGCUAUUGCGUUUGGCAGACCCCAGCUCAACAGGGCCAGGGCACGCAUGCUGGGGAGAAGCAACUCCCCUGCUGGUCCGAUGGACCUGUACAGUGCCUACAACGCAGCCAUCGAAGAUGGCAUCGGGCCAUAUGCCUUUGUGAUGCGCCAGCAUGGCCUGGUGCCGUUCCCGGCGUGGGUUCACACGGCGCUGGCUCUCCCUCCCCGUGAGCUCGACCACAGCAUCAUCAAGCCGCACUAUGUGCAUGCAGUGCUGGUCCUGCAUGGCGAGGCGGUGUUCUCAUUCGUCGAGUUCAAGGAUGAACAAGGGGAGACCCUGCACGGUCGCGUCCAUCUCCUCCUGUCCGUGGCGUCCGCGUGCGCCGACGAGGACGAUGAGGACUGUGCGGUGGCCUUUGUUCGGCGCUGGAUCCCGCAGGCCAUCAACGAAGGCACGGGCUGCAUGGUCAUGCACCCUGCAGUGUUCGACAACGGGUACCACGUGGUGCCCAUCGAUGCAAUUCAGAAGACCGUGCACAUCGUGCAAUCUUUUGAGCACCCCACUCGCUGGUUUCUGAACAAGUGGGCGGGCUGCUGCCGCGAGGAGCCCCGCUGA